UCAAUCUUGAGAAUCGACAGUUUCUUCCUUAGCGUUGCAUCAACAACAGAAAUAUGGGAGCUUGUCUCAACGGAAAUGUUCUAUAUCAAGCAGCUUGGAUCGUUGGUUAUAUUGCAGAAAUGCCUGUCGAAAAUUUUGUCUGAAAAAUUUACAACGGAACUUGAUUUGCCAACGGUUUUUGGAAACAUCGGAGAAAUCUGCCAAGCAAACCUACAUUUCUGGCUGCAAUGCAUUCAUCCGAUGCUACAGCAGUCCAGGCAAACAAAAGAAUUGCUGGAUCCGUCCAGAAUGGAGAACUGCUUUCAAAACCUCAGUCAGAUCUUCUUACCGUAUGUACCGUACUGCUUGGCUCAUUCAAAACGUACGCUUGGCCGGCUGCACCCGACGGAUCUGUUGUCAAAACCUAUACAACGUCUAACGAAGUACCCGCUUCUAUUUAAAGCAGUUCUUCAAAAAACGACUGAUCGAAGAAAACAAGAAUCGCUGCUUAAGAUGGUGAGUUAUAUUUCAUUUCAUGCAUCUGUAGUGAUGAACGUUCCCAUGACAGAUCAACGCUGCCGAAAGCUUCGCAGCAAUGGUAAACGUGAAGUUUUGUUGCUAACAAUGGACGUCUGCUGCAUUCUUCUUGCAGACAUGUUUCUCGUCUGUAAGAUAGUCGGUAAAAAAGAUGAAAACACGAAAAUGUGGAUUAUUUGUCCUCCCUUUCACAUUGGUUCCAUAUUGACAAGACAAACUUCAGAAAAAAAUAGCUCUACCAUGGCAUUUGAACAAGUGAUAAAGAGUCACACCUGA